AUGGCAGCAGGCAGAAGCACGCAUCAGUCCAUAAGAAAAGCUAUUGGAGCUUUGAAGGAUUCCACAACAGUUGGAUUGGCGAAAGUAAAUAGUGAAAACAAGGGGAUUGAUGUUGCUAUCGUGAAGUCUACGAACCAUGAUGAACUAUAUUCGCUGCACUUUCGGCCUCAAGUUCUCGAUGCUGAUGUUGCUUAUUGCAUACAUGGCCUCACCAAACGUCUUGCUAAAACACAUAAUUGGACAGUUGCAUUGAAAACAUUGAUUGUUAUACACCGUGCUUUGAGGGAAGUCGAUCCGACAUUACGUGAAAAGCUGGCUAAUUAUAGCCAGGGCAGAGCUCUAAUGCUAAACCUGUCUCAUUUCAGGGAUGAUUCAAGCCCAAAUGCAUGGGAUUAUUCUGCUUGGGUUCGCGCAUAUUCUUUAUAUCUCGAAGAGCAUCUUGAAUGUUUCCGCAUAUUGAAAUAUGAUGUUGAGAAAGAUCAAUCGGACCCUGCCGUGGUGGGAGAUAAUGGCCCUAACAAAAAUCUCCCACCUGAAAUAACUAAAGAGCUUGAUACCCCAGAAUUGCUUGAGCAGUUGCCUAUCAUGCAACUGUUGCUUUUUCGCCUGCUUGCUUGCAAGCCAGAAGGAGCAGCCACACACAAUAGCUUGAUUCAUUAUGCCCUUUCAAUUGUUGCAAGUGAAAGUGUUAAGCUAUACAUUGUGAUUACUGAUGGAAUUCUCAAUUUGGUAGACAAGUAUUUUGAAAUGAAACGCCACGAUGCUAUUAGGGCACUUGAAAUUUACAAGAAGGCGCAGAGUCAGGGGGAGAAAUUAUCUGAAUUUUUUGAGUUCUGCAGGGACCUAGAGUUUGGACGAGGGCAGAAUUUCGUUAAAAUUGAACAGCCUCCACCAUCAGUUAUGACUGCCAUGGAAGAUUAUGUGACAGAAGCUCCACAUGUUAUAGCACUUCAAUGUACAGCAUCAAACGAUGACAAAGGCGCUGCUCCAAGAGAACUUCUUGCUCCAGAAGCUGUUUUAUUAAUCGAACAUAAGCAAGAUGACAAUGUUCCAAAGCGAGAUUGCAGCACCAGCUCCAACGAUCCAUUACACUGCGAAAAUGGACUCAAUUUGACAUCACAAGCCACAAACUGGGAGUUAGCACUUGUUGCAGCUGCGAGCUCUAAUGAAGCUGCAGUUGCAGACAGUAAAUUGCGUGCAUAUGAAAUAGGGCAAGUGGCCUCCAAUCCUUUGGUUUCUGCAUGUCACAAUCAGGGUCCAUUUUAUGUAUUCAGAAACCCUACACCAACAACUAACGUGCAAACGGCAGUCAUGAGCCAAGAACAAGCAUUGCUGGUAUUGCAGCAGCGGCAACAGACAAUUGUGGUUGGCCAUGAUUCAAGUUCAAUUAAUCCUUUUGGGAUUCCCUUGGACGAUCAAAAGUAG